AUCUAUUCUCGAGACGGUGUUUUACAAAACUCACCAACUCUGUACGAUCAGUCUCAAGAAUAUCACAAUAACAAUAACAUGAUAUAUCAAACCCUUCAAAAUCACUCAGAGGUUCAGAACACAAAAGAACUAGAAUCUCCAUCUUCGAAAUCAGACAUGCACAGUUCACCCAACUGUCAGUUUGAUCAAAAUGGUUGGCAGGUCAACGAGUGUAAUGAGAUGUACCCGCACCAUUUGGCACUCACCAAUAUAUACGGUUCGGUGUUGGAAAGUCCAUAUCCAACUCCCAAUCUCGUCACAAUGGAUACAAUGCAAUCAACAUUAUCCGUAUCAGCCGCUCCACCUUCUUGUCCUCUUAUUUCUCUCGGCGAAACUUCGGGUUUCAACCUCGCUUUUAAUGCUAGAAGACCACAAAACUUCAUGCAAUACGAAUCCGACUAUCUCCAACAGGCACGCGCCAACAUUUCCCAGCAAACCACGCGCAUACCUUCGUCCAGUCCAAUCGGCAAUCAAAAACCGCCCGUUUACACGAAAUGGACCGAGGAGGAGGAUGAGUUAUUACGCGCCGCCAUAAGCAUCUACGGUCCUCACAAGUGGUCCCUCAUCGCCGCCCAUGUUCCCAACCGUACCCCGAUGCAAUGUUCGACCAGGUGGUUAGGCGCUUUGAAUCCGACCAUCCACAAAGGAAGGUGGACGCCCGAGGAAGACGCGGCGCUAAAAGACGCCGUUAGCGAGUUCGUCGAUUUGUUCGACGCAGAGGGUCAUCCGCAACCCAUACCGUGGAACAAGAUCGCUUCACGCAUCCCUCAUCGAACCGGAAUUCAAUGCCAGGCUCGUUGGUCGGAGGCAUUGGAUCCCAGCGUUAGAAAGGGCAAGUGGUCACCUGAUGAAGAUGAAAUUCUAAAGGAGGGCGUUAGACGUUUCGGCAGAUGCUGGAUACGCAUCGCCGAAUUGAUUGAAGGCAGAACUCAGAGGCAGUGUAGAACACGUUGGGUGCAGAUAAAGAACAAGCAGGUCAAACUCGAGAGAGAUGCUAUGGCCGCGAAGGCCGCCGCAUCCAACUCUUCGUCAACCGACGAAGACAGCAAUGAUGAAAGUGCUACCAUGUUGACCCCACCAAACACGACACCCUCUACCCCGGCGCAAACGAUAAUGAGUGCUCCCACGUCCUCGGCAAUGUCGGGUAUGUUACGUUCGAUGUCCGUGCCGUCCAUCGCUCGCCUGAAUGUACCUCCCGCACCGCGAAGGCAAGCAUCCGCCAUGUCAUCGGUUGUCAGCAAUCAAAGUCCGAUGCUGUCUCCGACCGACACCCUUGUAACGAGUCCCGAGUCUUGCGUCACGACACCCGAGUGCAUCUCCUCUUCGCCCAUAUUUGAAUCAACAAACAAUCCCGGCGUCGUCAAGCCUUCGAAUCAUGAGAAUGUGAUCAUGUUCACCCACGAUCCAUAUCCGUAUUUGCACGCAUAA